AUGGAAGGAUUCAUAAAAGACCUUUUGUUUGAGGAGUUCAGAGAAUUAUCAUUCCUGUUUAGUUCAUUUGUCAAAGAGAUGUAAUUCAAUUUGUCAGAACAGCAAAGCUAAUUAACAAUGACUUAGAAAUAACAAGAAAAAAUAUAUUUGGAGAAUAUUUAGACAUAAAAAUAGUAAUUUUUAGAAAAAAUCACUAAUUUAGAAUUAAUUAUCAAUUCUAGAGACAAGAAAAUAAAUGAAAUAAAGGAGAAUAAUUUAAAGAUUGAAAAAGAUAUCUCAGAAUUGAUUAGUAGGAAUAGUGCGCUCAUAUAAAAAGUUGAAUAAAGAAAUAAAAUAAUAAAUAGAUAUGAUAAAAUGAUAAAGCAAUAAGAUUCUGAAAUAUCAAUUCUACGACAGAAAAUACAGUGCUACGAGAACAAAUUACAUUAAAGUUAUGAAACCAUCUAACAAUUAACUCUUUUACAGAAUAAUAAAUCAUCAAAUAAUCAAUUAAAUCGAUAAUCAACUGGUUAAUUAAAUCGAUAAUCAACACUUUAAUUAAAUCGUCAAUAAACUAUAUAAUUAAUAAGACAAUAAACAAUUUAGACUCAUUCUCCUAUAAUUUUAGAUGGUGAUGAUUAAAAUGAUAGUCCUCUAACUGAUACUUUAAAUGAAAUACAACAAUAGGAAGAAGAAUAACUUAAUUAACUAGAAAUAAAUUUUGAAAGAAUUAUAAAGUAAGCAUAAAAAGAACAAUAAGUUGAAGUAGAUUUGCUUCCAUUUUAUUCAAAGGAAAUAGAAAUUUAGACUGAGUUAACAUUGAUUGAUUCAUAAUUUGAUAUUAUCUCGCAAACCAAUAUCAAUAAUGCUGUGAGAUACACUGAAUUUAUAGAAAAAGUAGGUAGAAAAGGAUCAGAGGAGAGUUUGAUUGAUUAGAUAAUCGACGAAACCUAUGAUUAAUUGGAUGUUGCUUAAAAUCAUAAAAAAAAUAUAGAAAUGAAUAAAUCUCAAUUCUCAAUGAUCAAAUCAGGUUAUUCACAAAAUGGAUAAAAUGCAUAAUAAUAGAAUACAUAAUAAUAAAUCCCUACUCUAACAAGAUGUGACUCAAACAUCAUUAAUAAUUAACCUCCAAUUAAGAAGGAAUCCAAGUCAAAAUAAGUUUUAUCUUUUAUUUCUUUUUUGAAGUCUCGGAUGCAACAGUAGGAAUAAGAGAUACAGUAUUACAAUGAAUAAAUAACUCAAUUCGAAUUAAAUGCCUAAAAUGCAAAUACGCAAAUGGAUGAACUGCAAAAGGAAAAUGAAAGGUUGCAAAUUUAAUUAGCAUAACUGAAUUCUAAAAUUUAAUAAUCUCAAUAAUCUCAUAGUUAAUCCGAUCUUAAAUAGUAGGAUGAUGAUGUACAUUAAUCACAAGAUUCAUUAGUAAUUAAUAGUCAGAAACGUGUAUCGGUGUUAAUCAAACAAGGAACAUUUAAGGAAACAAAAAAGCAGAGAAAGGCUCCUUAAUUAGGUUAGAAAGUUGUAAUUUCUUAUGAUUUUUAAAAAGAUUAAUCCAAAAAGAUAAUCGAAAAGUUAAAAAAUAAAUAAAUGUAGAAGUUCAAUAAUUAUAUGCCUGUCAAAUUAGUUUUAAAAUACAUAACUACAUUAUAUAAUGAAAAGUUGCAGAGUCAGAAGGAGUACAAAUAGAUAAAAGAUUAAGAUAUGGGUUCAUAUAUAUAUAACUAUUAUUUAUAAUAAUUUGGAUUUACUAAAGUAACUGAAUAAAAGUAUUAAGUUUUGCUGUUAUCAGUGAAAAAGAACAUAAAAGUAAUUAGAAUCAAUAUGUUUGCAAGAUUUAUGGGACUAUUGGAAUUGAAUGUUAAUUAUACAGUAGAGGAAUAAUAGAAAUAUUUGGAAGCUUGGGAUUUUAUGAAUACUCAAUAGAAUUUAGGAUAAAGUUUAAAAGAUAAUGAGUCAGAGAUGAAGAUGUAUGUACCUUUUGUAAGGGCUUUGUCAUAUAUUGGGUAAUUAAUAUUCAGUCCAUAAAAUGAUGAAUUAGUAUAAUUAAAGCAUGAGGUAGAGUUAUUGAAAGAAAACGAUCCAAAAAAUAUCAAUAAAUAAGGAAUAAUCGAUUUUGAUUUGAUGAUGAUCAAAGUAUUAUAAGUUUUUAGGAAUACAGUUGAGAAAACAAAGUUGUAUGUAAUUAAUGCAUUUGCAGCGAGUGAUUUAGAUGGGAAUGGGAUGUGCAAUUUGGAUGAAUUUUUAAUUUUAAAUAAAUACAUAGAAGCUGACAAAUAUGAUGAGGAUAAGUGGAUUGAGGUAUUCGAAGAUAAUGCAGAUAUUGUUACAGAAGAGGAGAGGGCAUUGUCUUUUGAAAGAUUUUCAAUUUUGUGCAUGGAAUACAAUUUGUUUAGUGAUCAAGCGUAGAAUAAGUUCCUGUAAAUCAAACAUAAUCAUGAUAGUUAGAUGAAAUUUGAAUAGCUUAGAGAUUCAUGGCCAAAAGAUUUUAUAAAUUUCAAUUAGAAAUUGUAGAAUGCUUAGAUUGAUGAACAUUACAAGGAAUAAUGGUCGAAGAUUUUAGAAGUAUUGAACUAGAAAAUAUUGGAAAAUCCUGAGUAAAAGAAACCUCUUUUAAUUGCUUACAAAAUCUUUCUCAAUGAAAGUAAGGUUAAUAAGGCUUAAUGA